UUGUAUCAUUCAUGGCGACAAGACCUGUGCCAGUGCACGUGGUGCUGCCGGCGCCUUCGCUGGCUCGCUCGCCCUCGCUCGAAGAUGGUGUGACGUCCACCACUGAGCGUCUGCACCGCUCUUUCGGCUGUGAACUUAUCCAGGAGGCAGGCGUGUUAUUGCGUCUCCCACAGGUGGUGACGGCCACGGCCCAGACGCUUCUCCAGCGCUUCUACUAUCGCAAAUCAUUGCGCCAAUUUGACGCCUUCCGCGUAGCCGUGAGCUGCCUCUUCUUGGCUGCUAAAGUGGAGGAGAAACCCAAGCGUAUCAAGGACGUAAUAGGCGUCUUCUACGCCAUGUUCCGACGCCGCAAGUGGCAGCGGUCUACCGUCUCUCAACAGCUCGUGGACUUGGACGGCGCCACCUUCAGCCAGUGGCGUAUGUGGCUCAUCAUGGUGGAGCGUCAAGUGCUCAUCGAUUUAGGUUUCAGUAUCUACAGUGUCACGGAACAUCCACACAAGUAUGUGUUGUACUAUGUCAAGGUACUAGAUGGCAGCUCUGCGUUAGCGCAGCAGGCCUGGGGCUACAUCAACGACAGUCUACGCACCGAUCUCUGUGUGCGAUACAAAGCUCAAGUCAUCGCCUGCGCUGCCAUCUUCUUGGCUAGCAGAUUUCAAGGGGUGGCGCUACCUGAGAACCCUCCGUGGUACUCGUUGUUUGACGUGGACAAGACGCAGCUCUAUGCGGCUAGUGUGGUCAUCAUGGAGCUGUAUAAACAAGAGAAGAUUCAGUGGCUGGAGCCUCUGACAGAGACGAAUCCAUUCGAGGUAGAUGAUCAUCCCAUGGAAGAAGAAGAAGACGUUCAGGAGAAGGUACAAGAGACUGCAAAAGCUGAGGUGGAGAAGGAGAUUGCUCCUCAGGAACCCACGACGGAGGAGAAGAACUCGCAGGAGAUCAAGCAGAAGUUGAACUCGUCAGAGAAGCGACGCAGUCGAUGGGACGAUGGACUGGCCAAGUCUCGACGUGAUCGCAGUAAGAGUCCAGACACACGCUCUCGUAGUGGAUCACGUGAGCGUCGACGCAGCCGUCGAAGACGCAGUCGCAGUCGAUCAUCAGAUCGAUCGAGAAGUAGUCGAAGCCGCCGACGAGGUCGUCGAACCUACAGUCGCAGUCGAAGUUGA